AGCUGGCUUGCCGAACAACCUCCUCGUGGUGCCAGCUGGGUGGUUCGGGGUUUCCCCGUCGCAGCAAAUGGUUCGGCGGCAGUGUUCCAGGACGUGGUGGGUUUUCGUCUGGCAAGCGUUCUCCCUAUAAAAAGCCACAUAUGUCCGUUUAACAACACUGCGACGUGGCGGAUGUGACUCGCCACCAACUAAAGUCACUGCCCCUUGCUUCACUCUGGUGGAGCAUUGUAUUCCAACAUUCUGCUGCUGCAAUGGUGGAUAGGAUUUCGCCCCACUUUGGCGACCGAACAAAAAUGGUGCAUAAAUUAAACACUCGGUCGCCGGUUCACACUGGGUAGGAUUUCCGACUUCGCCCCGCUGCCUUGCAAGUAGGCCAUUCAGUCAAAGGUUUGGUGUGGUGUUCCUUAAGCCAGCUCCCUACUUCGACUUGGAGAGCUGGGUAGUAUCGUGUCCUCCGAAGAAACCAUGGAUUUCUCACUCUUGAGUUCCGAUUUUCACGAUAACAGUGCCUCUAAUGGUUUUUACUGACUCCACGUCUAUAUCGACUGUUGAAAAAAUCGAUGCUGUGAACUCCAAACACGUUGACACUUGAUCCGAUUCCAAGAGAACGAGAAGUCACUCGUGCUAUUUGGCCUUCUUGGCCCUGGUGCAAAUCUACUCCUGUGAAUGACGGGUGUCAUUUGGAACCAACUGGACGAUAACACUUGCGUAAAUCUGAGGACUAUCCUUACCCCGCCGCAGUGCGACAAAGAUUACAGCCGAGAUUUUCGUUUGUACUCUGAAUUGUACAGUGAAUACCAUCCCAGUUUCGUCGUUGCACUACCUCAGCCCGUAGAGGCAUGUUAUCCUGGGAACGAUUAAACCUUCGAGGAUUACGUAUAUUAAAGCAACUCUUUCAACGAUUGACCGACCCUGACACCAGAUGAGAGUUCCUAGGGAGGCCACUUAUGGGACUGAAGGCGGCGCUAUGAUUAACUACCCGUGCGAUCAACAGUGUCAUCAAGAAUUCAGUCGGCCGAUGGUGGCUUUACAAUAUCAUAAAUGUCCUCUGUCGCAAAGCCCAUAGAUUAAUCGUAGACCAUUGCUCACUCCGCCCAACGACAUCCUUCGUCUCACUUCCGGGCUAUUCACUCAUCCACGAUAGGACUCUUCAUAUUGCCGGAGGUUCAGGAAUGCUACGUACUCUUGCGUUUGCAGAAUCCCGACCAAAGACGUACCCACAGACAUUGUACCUGGUCGGAAGGUGAGCGUGCUUGCACGCCCACAUUGCUGAAUCUGUUUUGAGUAAGUGAAGCUUGCGAUCAUGCACCAAUUGUACCGGAGAGUAACGCGUUACAAUAUGUGUCUUCGCCCUGUGCACCAUCACAUAGUCAACGGAAAGCUUUUGAUCAUUGUUCGGUGCUUAUUCGAUGUUGUACUGCUUUUUUAAAUCUGGCGUUUCUUCUCUGGCGUCCAUUCUUCGCUGCUCAAGAAAUUCCUCUCACUUUCCGAGUAUUGCAACAAAAUAACUUUGCUCUUUGGUUGGAGGAUCCGAGGAGACAUCACCUUUUUCCCGUUUGGAGUUGUCGUCAAUGUUUGUACAUUUGUAGAUUGGGUCUUCGGUCUCCGAAUGCAGAGACUCAAAGGCUGUCUCAUCUGUGAUGAUCACCAGAUCUUGUCGUUAAUUCUGCUGCUCUGUGGUUCUUCUGUCUCGUUUUCAGGUGCAAUGUGCGUCGACUUUUUAAGUCCGUUAAAAUUUUCGAGAGUCCAUUUUCGAUCGAAAUCUCGAAAUUUAACGCCAGCUUAAAAGCUUGAUAAUAUUUCAUUUGAAGACAAAGUUGUGAAAUUGACGACUGUUUGGCGUAAGUCACAGCUGGGACAGCCUUUGAGUCCCCGCAUUCGGAGACCAAAGAUCCAGUCUACAAAGGUACAAACAUUAACGACAUCUCUAAACGGAAAAGAAUUCGGUGUCUCCUCGGAUCCUCAAGCCAAAAAGUUGUCAUUUUUUGCAACACUUGGGAAGCCGAGAGUAUUUUCAACUUUGAGGUCAGGUCCUUCACUCUUUGUGACUUUAAACAUCUUUUGUGCGAACAGGCCAGAUCUUACAGUCUUCGAUUGGAACCUCUUGCACCGUGAUGUUGUUGUCUCGGCCUUCCAUAAAUGAUGUGGUCCGGCUCUGACCAGCCAACUAGUCGUUGUACAAUUAUACCUAUGGGAUGUCUGCAUGCAUUGUUGAUGAGAUUAAUCUCUGCACGAUUUUCAAACGGAACCCAGUGACUCUUUCGUGGAACACAGUGACGACGGUUGAUCACUGCAAGUAUGAGAGUGCUAAAGUUUUCUAUGUAGCUUCGUGUAGAGUGGAUAUACUGGCCUAAUGAACACCUCAGAAACUCAUCCACAAUGAGGUCGUCUCAAGUUGAGAGUGGACAACGGGCCUCAAAAGCUUUCUUCGGAGCACGUCUGGGACAUUCCCAGUCAACUUCCAACUCACCUCAUUCACGAGUGCCAUCUGUCAGUUCGAUUCGACGUGAUACCACAGAAUUGCGGACUAUAUAUCUAGAAAACGAAUGUGAAUACUCCAAGCCGGAACAGUGCAUCAUGCGUUUGCACAAUGGAGCUUGGUCUGAAUGCUGCCACGUAGUCUAAAUUGACCAACAAUCUUGUACUAAUUUGCACCAUCUACGGCUGAUGAUAAUACCGUCAAGUUGCGUGGAUUUCGGCUGGUCCUAGGUGAUGUGAUGUGAAUACUUGUGUUACUUUUUUGUGGGAUCAAAUGGAAAUCUGAAUCUGUGCUUCUUUAUCGAAAUAUGAUCAAAACGCUAAGAUGAAGAACUAUAUCCGACUCAUCAACACUCGUUUUUCAUGUUCAAUUAUGAUAUCGUAAAAUGUAUAACUCACAGUGGCGUGGGACUCACAAAUGCGCAAUCUUAUGGUCUGUAAGUAAGCUUUCUCUGAAUCUCACUAGUGGAAUGUGAUUCCAGUAAUAUUAUAAACCGGCUCAUCCAGCUUACGUGCUGUAACAGACUGCUCCAAACACUGACACAUCUCAGUACUAAGCACAGGUGUUAGAGAAGUUGCUUCAACUCCC